CGCCACUGUUAUUUCCGGUCAGUGUGGCUCUGAAACAGCGCGUGCUCUUCGUUAAAUGUUUUUUUUGUGUGUGUGUUUUGGUUUGAGUGUUUUUAUCACCGGUGAUGUUCAGAGCUCGCGAUGCUACUGAAGUAGUGCGCUGAGAGAGAGAGAGAGAGAGAGAGAGCGCAGCCCCCCACCCCCUCUCUCACUCUUUUAGGAGUUGUUGAGGUCUUGUUUUCUCAGUCCGAGGAUCACAGAGGGGAACGGAGGAGCGCGCGAGGAAAACCGAGAUCACGAUCCCGAGGCUUAACCACACGGACCCCAUCACUGGGCAUCAAUCACAACACAACACUCUGUCUCUCUCUCUCUUUAUCUGUCUGUCUGCCUCUCUCUCUCUCUCUCUCUCUCUCUCUUUCUGGAGUUGAAGUCUUGUUGCGCGCGCGCGCGGGGAAGGGAAAAAAACACAAUCAACCCCGGAGCCGCCGGACGCGCGAGCUUCUGUCAGAGCCCAUGAUGCCGGUCGAGUUCGUUUGUAAGAUUAAAUUCUCUGAGGAGGAGGAGAAGCGGAGAGGCAGAGUGGAUGGAGGAGAGCGCGCGAGUCUGCUGGAGGAGAGCUGCCGCGCGCCGGUGAAGGACCUGGCCGGUUUCGCGAGCUCGUGCUCUCUUCACGGGAUGAAGCACGUGUUCGGCGUACCGGGCAGCGGCGGCGGUAGCUGCGCGAGGCGCGCGCUCUGGGCCGUGGCGCUGCUGGCGUCGCUCGCGCUCUUCUUGUACCAGGCGUCACAGUGCGCCGUGUCGUACCUGCAGCGCGCGCACGUAACGGCGCUGCGCGAGGAGGCCGCGCGCGAGCUGCUCUUCCCCGCCGUGACCAUCUGCAACACAAACCGCUUCCGCUUCUCCGCGCUCACCGACGCAGACAUCUACCACCUGGCCAAUCUGACCGGUCUCCCGCCCAAAAACACCGAGGGCCACCGCGCGGCUGACCUGCAGUACCCCGCACCGGACAUGCAGGACAUCUUCAACCGAACCGGACACCAGCUCGAGGACAUGCUCAAGAGCUGCAACUUCAGCGGGCACAACUGUUCAGCGCGAGACUUUUCCGUGCCAGAGAUUCAGACUGAAGGCAGAAAGUCUGGACUCCACAGCAGUCAGAUGACAGAUGACGAUCAGCCAGCGGUGUUGUGGGCAUGGCAUCUGAGGGUCUACACGAGAUACGGGAAAUGCUACACAUUCAAUGGAAAUAAAACUACAUCCAAAAAGACAAAGCAGGGAGGCAUGGGAAAUGGCCUGGAGAUCAUGCUGGACAUCCAGCAGGAUGAAUAUCUGCCCAUCUGGAGAGAAACGAAUGAGACGUCUUUAGAGGCAGGGAUCCGUGUGCAGAUCCACAGUCAGGAUGAGCCGCCUUACAUCCACCAGCUCGGCUUCGGCGUCUCGCCGGGUUUCCAGACCUUCGUGUCUUGUCAGGAGCAAAGGUUGACAUAUCUGCCCCAGCCGUGGGGAAACUGUCGCUCCUCAGCUGAUCCCUCUAUCCCGGGUUAUGACUCCUACAGUAUCAGUGCGUGUCAUUUACACUGUGAGACUCAGCUAGUUCUGCAGCAGUGUCAGUGCCGCAUGGUUCACAUGCCUGGAAAUGAAGAAAUCUGCCCCCCUGACAAGCUCAAGUGCGUGGACAAAGCCUUGGAGCUAUUGCAGAAGAGUUCAGGUGAGUUCUCAUGUGCAUGUGAGACGCCCUGUAAUCUGACACGAUACGGCAAAGAGCUUUCCAUGGUGAAGAUUCCCAGUAAAGGUUCUGCACGAUACCUGUCCAGAAAAUACCACAAGUCAGAGGAUUACAUCAGAGAAAACUUCCUCAUUCUGGACAUUUUCUUCGAAGCCCUGAACUAUGAGACCAUCGAGCAGAAGAAAGCCUACGAUGUUGCAGGGUUAUUAGGUGAUAUCGGAGGACAGAUGGGACUGUUCAUUGGAGCGAGCAUCCUCACCGUCCUCGAGAUCCUCGACUAUAUUUAUGAGGUGCUUAAGUUCAGGUUACAGCGUGUGUUGAGGCCACAGAAGGAAGAAAAACGACCACAACAACAAUCCAGCACUGUAGCUACAGUCAACCUGCAGGACACAAAGACAAAGGAAGUCAGUGAGCAUACGGAGAGAAACGCAGAGGGUGCGACCUUCACCAAAACCUUCCUCCCAAACCACCACCAUCAUCUGCAUCAUCAUCAUCACCUUCGUCAUCAAAAUGAGGACUUUGCCUGCUGACCAACACUAUGGAUCAUCUCUCUCUCUCUCUCUCUCUCUCUCUCUCUCUCUCUCUCUCUAUCUCUCUCGGAUCUUCUUUUCACCAGUUAAAGCUCCAGCCAAAGCUCACCUUCUACACCUGUGCUUGGAAUGGACAGUAUGUGUGUGUGUGUGUGUGUGUGAUAUGCUGGAGUGCUGGAGCAGUUUGGACGCUGGAUCAGGACUUUAAUCAAAGCUUUCUCCAGCUGCGCUCCUUCUCCUCUGUUUUCUCUCUUUAAGUUUGAGCUGUCCUGUAAAAUUCCCUCUUCAGUAACUGGGACAUGAUAUUCGGUCAGUGCUGGACACGAGCGUCUUCUCGCUGUAUACCCGAGCGAGUGUGUAUCAGAGCAGUAGUGUAUAUUCGUCUCUGUAGGAGACACACACUAAACACAGUGUUUAUAUUCAACUGUUUAUGAUGAAUCACUUAAUCUGUAUUAAAAGAUAUUGAUUUUCUAA